AUGAUGGAGACGGAGGACCAAUCAGAGUUCUGCUUUCCACAACUCAUCAACAUCUCCUGCAGGAAGCCCACAUCUCAUCGGCCUGAAGAUGUUCUUUUGACUGUUCUGCUGUCCAUCAUCUGCAUCUUCACUGUGGUUCUCAACCUGCUGGUCAUCAUCUCAAUCUCACACUUCAGGCAGCUCCACACUCCCACCAACCUGCUCCUCUUCUCUCUUGCUGUCACUGACUUUCUGAUGGGCCUCCUGGUGUGGCCUGGUGAGAUCUACUUGAGAACAUCCUGCUGGACUCUUGGUGAUGUUCUGUGCUUCUUACAUAACUACAUGUGCUUUAUAGCCGUGUUUGUCUCAGUAGGAAGCAUGGUGCUGAUAUCAGCUGACCGUUAUGUUGCUAUUUGUGAUCCUCUGCAUUAUAACACCAAAGUGACUGUGAAAAGAGUUCAACUUUGUGUUUGUCUUUGUUGGUUCUUUGCUCUCCUUCUGUCCGGCAUAAUUUUGAAGGAUCAACUUGCUCAUCCGGAAAAGUAUAGUUUCUGCUAUGGAGAAUGUGUCGUUAGCGUUGACUUUGAAGGAGGCAUUCUUGACCUUGUUGCAGUCUUCAUCCUCCCUCUCAGCAUCAUCAUCACACUGUACAUGAGAGUGUUUGUGGUUGCUGUGUCUCAGGCGCGAGCGAUGCGUUCUCAUGUUACAUCAGUCAAACUACAACAUUCAGUCACCAUGAGAGCAAAGAAAUCAGAGUUGAAGGCAGCCAGAACUCUUGGUGUCCUUGUCCUUGUCUUCUUCAUGUGUUUCUGUCCAUAUUACAUUGUCAGUCUUGCAGGUGACAACAAAAUGAUCUCUUCAAUAGCUAAGUAUUUUCUUUAUUUAUUUGGUUUAAACUCCUUUUUAAACCCUUUGCUCUAUGCCUUGUUUUAUCCCUCGUUUAGAAGAGCUGUUAGACACGUUGUCACUCUGCACAUACUGCAUCCUGGCUCCUGUCAGAUCAACAUUAUUUAG